UCACGAAAUACUCAGCUUGCGAUGCGCCAAUCAGUAGGGGUGCUGCGCUUCGUUACCCCUCGACCGUCUCGACCGUCUCGACCGUGCCAUGCUUCGUGGAAAGCACUUGGCCGCGGAUACCUUACGAGUCGAUGUCCAAGCUGCGGGAGAUCUUGCUGGCACGAGCCAAGGAAUCGGCCAAGAUCCACCCUUUGGAUCGACCAGACCAUGAGGCUCACGUUGAACAUUUGCCACCCCUUCGGCCGCCCAUCGCUCGAAAGAAGGUCGCGGACGCGCCACCAAAAGUCGCAGAGGUGACCCAACUCCCUCGCCUGGGCCCACCCAGCGCGCGGGCGGGUCCCAGCGGCGGACCCACCCGGCGUGGGAAGGUGCCGGCCUACCUGAGGAGACGUCAGGCAGAGUUGGCAGAAGAGAGGCGGCUCGCGGAGAUGCCGCAGAAGCCGCAAGCACCUCCAGGCUACAGGCUCGUGGAGGAGGAGGAGCGGCAGAUGACGGUGGAGGCCUUGCGGCAGCGUCGAGUGGAGGUGGAGCGAGCUUUGAACGCGUUGCCUUUCAAGAUCGAGACGCCUGGGCAGAAACGUCGAGAGAAAGAUUUGUUGACUUCCUUAGCAUCCUGGCGAAAACGUGCGGCGAAACAUGAGAAGUAUGGGGAGGCAACGAGAUCGCUGCUAAAUGGUAGGCAACUCCCUGGCCAGUUGCAAAAAGGACCAGAAUGAUGGUCCAUCUCCAGCUUGAACAGAGACCCCUGAAUGGCAUCCAGGAUCACCAAGUAUUCGUUGCUCGGGACCGCAACACUUGGGGGAUCGUGACGAUGCGGGUUGCCAUCGGCCAUGCAUGAAAGACCCACAACUACCGUGGCUGCUCACAUGGCAAUGACGAUCAAAUUUGUGAGACUCUUUCGCCCUGUUCAACAUCCAACCUCUCACGAAUCACCGCAUAUGAACGAGGCACAAGUGGAGAAGCUGCAGCAGAUGUUUGGGAACUCCACCGUUUUCGUGCCGGAAGAUGCUGGGCCUAUUUUCGGGGAUACGGCUCCGGUCGCUAAGCCUAGGGAGGUGAAGCACCCACCCUCCGGCCGAGGGCCGUGAGGCGCGCGCCUCAGCCGGAAGAGGCUGAGAAUCCCAGAUGGGAUAGCUUUAGUAAUUACAUGGAGACAUGGAAAGGCACU